AUGCCCACUGAGCACUCUGUUCCUGUUAUGGGGGUUUAUGUUCUAUCUACAAACCUGUUCCGGGAGUACCACUAUGUGAACAUCCCAAAGACGUGGGCCAAAGCUCAGCAGUACUGUAGAGAGGUGUAUGGUGAUCUGGUCACCGUAGACAGAAUUGAAGAAAGCAGCAGAUUAUUCACUGCCCUGCAGGAACCUGGAAAGUUUGCUUGGAUCGGCCUUUAUGAUAAGAUCACCGGUUGGAAGUGGACGAUGGGAGAGGAUGACUUUGACUUUGUCGGUGAAAACAGUUUCCCACCCUGGGAAAAAAAUCAGCCUGACAAUGCAAAAGGCAAGCAGAGCUGCAUCGUCAUGAACUAUAUUGGGGGUUGGCGAGAUCAAGACUGUGACUCAAAGCGCAGAUUCAUCUGCUUUGAUGAAAAAGCUGCUUCUAAAUACAUUCCAGUAAACAUUCUAAAAACUUGGGAAGAUGCUAAGAAUUACUGUCGAUCUGAACACACUGAUCUUGUCAGAGUGUGGAACAUGUCUCAGAACAACGAAAUUCAUCCCAUGCUUGGAAUUAACAAUUGGAUGGGCCUUUACAGAGAUCUCUGGGCUAACUGGUCUGACCAAAGCCCAGUUACCUUCACAAACUGGGAGGUAGGCCAGCCUGACAACAGCGGCAGCACCAACAUGACUUCCUGUACUGCAGUCAAAACGGACACAGGAAAAUGGUGGGAUGUUGACUGCAGUGAAGAGCACGAGUUUAUUUGUCAGACUCUGAUCCCACCAAGAAGGAGGAUAAAGCUGAGCUUCCAGUCUGAGGCUGACUUGACUGACCCUCAUAUCCAGCAGCAGAUUUUAGAGCAGCUGCACUCUAAACUGGAGACGGAUGGAAUUCCAGACUUCAAACUCCGCUGGGUUGAGAAAGGUGGACAAGUUUUUCACAAGAAAAAAUCCCAAAACACCUGAGGAAAGCUCACCCUUUUAAAAAGUGAAAUUAUUAUUAUUUUAUUAAGUAAAAAUUAUAUUCACUUC